AUGAGUGCCAAAAAUUCCAAAGCCAAACUCGGUUCCGUCGAGCCCUUCACGGUCGACUUGUCUAAGAAUGUCCCGCGCAUGCUGGAUCUGGUGAAGAACACCAAAUUGCCCGAAACAUCUAUUUACUCGGGCUUUGGAUCAUCAGCAGGGAUUGAUUUGAAUGUUUUGAGGGAGUUACAAAAGCAGUGGAUCACAGAUUUCGACUGGAAUUUAGAGGAGGAACAGAUGAACAGUGGAAACGGCAGUUACGAUCAUUUCACCACGAACAUCGAAGGAUUGAAAAUUCAUUUCAUUCAUCAUCGUUCUGAAACACCGGGUUCAAUACCCCUUCUACUCCUACACGGCUGGCCAGGCUCGUUUUUGGAAGUCUUACCCCUAGUGAAUCCUCUGGUUGAGAGGGCGAAAACCUCACAGGGCACGGAUGUCUCGUUUGGCAUCAUUAUCCCUUCGCUCCCAGGAUUUGCUUUCUCACAAGCACCACCCCCAACUUGGACCAUUGCCGACACAGCUCGCAUUUUCCACACCCUCAUGACUGAUAUACUUGGCUACAAGACUUUCGCUGUGAACGGGACCGACUGGGGGUCUGGUAUCGCUUAUACAUUGUAUGAGCAGUAUCCGGCCACCGUCCGUGCUGCUCAUUUUUCUAUGAUCCCUUUCAUGCCGAAGCUUCCGGAUCAGCUGGCAGCGGAUAAUAUCACCCUGACGGAGAGUGAACAGUUUCAGGCGGAGAGGUUUGCGAAAUUCGCUGCCACCGGCACUGGCUACUUUGUUACGCACACCACUAAGCCUACCACGAUUGGACUGGCGUUACAGGAUAACCCGAUGGGACAGUUGGCGUGGGUUGCCCAGCAAAUCCUUGACUGGUCAGAUCCACGGGCAGGAACAGGCCCUUCCGUACUAACACAUAGGGAAAUACUUCGGUUUACAUCGCUAUACUUUCUUACCGAGUCGUUUCUGUCAUCCGUUUUUAUCUAUGCUUCAAACCCAAACGGCUUUAGACCAGAGUAUUCCAAGGCUUCCACAGACGCGCCCAUGCUGUAUAGCAACUUCAAGUACAACAACACGUUUUUCCCGCCUGCUGUGGUGAGAAAGGUUGGGAAUUUGGUAUAUUGGAAAGGCCUAAUCUCCGAUAUCAGAGAGCUUGGAAAUCAUUGGCGAUGGUCAUAG